CUUCCAUCUGCGUUGUCACGCCGCACCUGACCGUUUCCUGGCGGUUAGGUUUUAAUGGCCAGAUUAUUAUCAUUGGGUUCUUGCUGAGCAUAAUGAACUUGGCAAUGAAGAGGAUUGAGCCGCGGCUAUUUCUGAUCAUAGAGUUUAGGUGGGGCGACUCCCGCUUGCAGAACUACGAUGCGAUAUUGAGAAAUGCAAUAUCACUCUCAAAAACAGGCGUCUUUUGGAGAUUGACUUUGUUUUUCUUCACUUUCCUACCACUUACCUUGAGUAUUGGGUACAAGAGGUUUACCGGAGGACACAGCAGUGCCGUGAUCGACCCCAACAUCUCCAGCUCUCUGCGGCGUUACGGGAUUGCACCACCCCCUCUUGGAGACUACAAUGCCAUGAACAACUCUGUCUACUACAUGAUCAAUUCAAAUGUGCCUUUCAUGGCAGCAUCCACCAAUGAUGCGGUCCUACCACCACUUCAAGCCACAGCGUAUGGCUACAAUACAUUGCUACCCGACAACGAAUCUGCCGCCUUGCUUGACCUACCUCUGCCAGACUAUAUGUCCUCGAUUCAAGCCAGCCUGAACGGAAAUGACUCUUGGAGAAUAAGUGCUACCGUAAAUGCUACGGUCACCAGAUACAACAGCUCUUUCGACAGUUUCAGAGACAACCAAACCUUCUGGCGAGAGAUCUUCGGCACUAGCGACGUUACAGCAUUCGAAGAUUUCGACCAGAACUUUAAUAUAGGAUAUCUGCCUGGUGCCUUAACUCAAGACGAUGGACAUUGCUGCAUUCUGUGCCACUUCCGAGGCAAUAUAAGCUGGGUUGGUUCUAUCACCGAUCUAUCGUCGCCUGAGGGCGUUUCCUUCCAGUCUGCCGCUCGAAUGUUUAACACAAGGCGCGAGAGAUGCUCAGGCGUAUGGAGCAUCAACAGCACUGCAGUCGCUCUGGUCAAUGGAAGCUGCGACGGCACGCGUACCAGCGAGACUCUGCUCUCAAUCAGCAACUACACGCCUUUCCCAAUAGACACCUUGUCGGUGCUUGUUCAUUCUCUACUCGGCUACGCUGAGGCACGCAAUAAGUCCUCGUGGCUUGUUCCUGCUUUUACAACUGCGGUUGCAAGCGCUUAUUGGGCUCGUUUUGCGCAAAUGUUGCCGGCGAUUAUGGAAGACAAUACGGUGCCACAGUCUGAAUACAAUUAUCCCGCCACCAACGAGCUCAUCAUAGCAACUACGGCAACCCUCGAUUCUACUUGGUUAUUGUACCUCUUACUUGCGAUGCAGCCAAUAUUGACUGCUUUGAUGUUUAUCUUAGCUGCUACCUUCUACGCCUCGCCAAUUGGCAAAGGGUUUGGAAUAGCAGUAGUACUAUCUGGGAUCAACAAGGAUAGUUUGGACUUGCUCUCUGGGGCUGCUUUAUCUGGCGAACUUGAAAGACCUGUCAGGCUUGACAUAUCUGUCGCCAAUGACGUGCAGAGCACUGGAAACAAUUCACAAAUGGGACACAUACAGUAUAGCAUUGAUAAGGUAUCUGCAAGGGGGAAAGGAUUAAAAAGGGGCAAAGUCUAUUCGUGAACCGCAAUUCGGUCUAAAAAUCACUUUCUGGAAAGAGCUAGUCCAAUUCCUCAACCCUCUGUAUCCCUUCCAAUAAUC